AUGGGCUGUUUUACCAAACUAUUCAUUUCAGCUAUACUUGGCAUCAUUCCUUUAGCCUCUGCUCAUCUUGCUGCAUAUACUGAUGGCAUGUACUGCCCAGAGAAUUCAUACAAAGGACCAUUGAACAACGCCACUGACCCUAGCUUGAUUGUUUAUGAUCCUUUGUACAAUUUGACGAGUGACAGCUGGUUCCUAUCACGAGGCCGAAACUGUCUCUUAGCGGAACCAACAGGUGUCUGGGAAAUCGCGGCAAAUACUGUUAUUUCUGUUCCCUGGGCAAAUUGGCAGAACUCAACUGGCUAUUAUGCCGACGGCAAGGAGUAUAACGAGCGCCCUAUUCCGUACUCGGUAACGAACCCGGAAGUCGUCGCUGAUGGUCUAGUCACCUCCUCCAACGGCUUAUCAUCGCCUAACAUGCACGCGGCAAACAAGUCCACCGCAGCUGGAACUGCCAUUGCAAUUGCUUAUGAAAGCAACGUAUGGGCGGUUACUAUGGACAAGCUUGUUGUUAUUUCCACUGCUCCCGAGACCCCCUUUGAGAGAUUGGCCAACUACUCCAUCCCUGACUUGGCUCCUUGUGAAGAGUGUAUCUGUGUUACUGGGUGGAUUCCCGACGGCUUUGGCUUACAAAACAUGUACAUGGCCGCACACAAGUGCAAGAUCACAAACCCUACCGGCGGAAAAAUCCCCAAUAUCCCUAGUCACGUUCCCGGUGAAGGCGUCAAGGGUGCGAAGCAAAUGAUUGCAGCCUUUCAGUGGCAAGGAAACAACGUUCAGUGGAAGGCUGGUAUAAACACAACGGUUCCUACUUACUCGACUCGUAUGGGCUACAUGGAGGGUGCGCAGACCGAUAUAUUCGAAUCAUCCGUGUGCACCAGUGCACUGCUAUGA